AUGGAAAUUCGUCGAGAACGUUUUUCACAAUUAAAUCCUUGUUUCAAAACAUUUUUUCAGUAUAAAACAACUAAAGCUACUAAUCCCGCACAACAGUUGCCAUUAAAUGCUAAUGAUCUUCAAAUAAUCUGUCCACAAAUUCAACCGAUUAUUCGUCCACCUCAACGGCAAAAAGCACGUUCACGACAACAAAAAAAUUCUUUUUUCGGCGUUCGACAACAUCAAUCUGUGGAAAGCGAUCAAGAUGUUAAUCAGCAGUACAAACCCAUAUCCACUAUUGAAGGGUAUAAUUCAGCAACAAAACUAGAUCAAAUUAGUAGCAUUAGUAGUAAAAAAGAAUAUAUUACAUUAACUAAUUUAACAAAUGUAUUGCACACAUUACAAAAUAAAAUAAAAUUAGGCGAAAUAAACGGCUCGGAUAAAAGUGAUACAACAACAAGUAGUCGAACAUCAGCUAAACAACGUGUUCAACAACAUUUACAAAAUACAGCAUCAAGAUGGUGGAAACAUGCUGGAUCAUCAGCUACAAGCACGAUUCCUAUUGAUCAAAAUACACCGACACCAACACCCACAAUUAUUCAACAAGCACAACUACAAGAUUUUUUUCCUAUGCUGACAAUUGUUAAUAGUAAUAGUUCUAUUUAUUCUUCACAAUAUUCAUCACCUCAACCAAUUCGUCCAAAAUCAAGUAAGAGAUUUUCAACAAAUAAAAUUUCAACAAUAUCGGCAGAUAUUCAGACAACAAUUGCCACCAUCCCUCCUCCUAUUAUUAAUCCAAAAAUUGCUACUGUUUAUCAACACCAAGAGCCAUUAAUAAUAUCUGCAAAAGGUAUUCGAUUACAUUCAAUUAACCAACAACAUUUGAAUUAUAUUCACCGACAACGAUUAGUUAGAUAA